GAGUAAGCUCCAGAGGUGCCGCAAAGUCCACAGUCACGCACAAAUUCGUGUAUAAAUACAAUACUGAACUUGGAAAUGAUAGAAUAUAAAACUAGCGUGGUGAAAGAGGAUUUUCUAGAUAAGGAUCACAGUGGCUACAGUGCUAGCCAAAAGUUGUCCUUGACUCAGCUUUGGGAAAUAAUUUCACGCACCAAACGUCUUCCAGAUGGACUAGAUGUGGACGCCCUCUACGCUGGAGUCCGGGAGAGACUCCGGGACCCCGAACGAGAAGUACGGCAACAUGCCCUGAGGGUCCUGAUGGACUUGAUCCCAGUCACUCAACCUCAGACCCUAGACAACCACAUGCAAGAUUUACUUCCGGUGCUGCUGUCCAAUCUGAACCAUCCGUCUCCAGCGUUGAGGAAAAGCGCCAUCGAUUGUCUCAGGAGGUACUUCCAACACAGCAAGAACUACGACAAGCUUCUGAUGGACCUGAUUUCGACUGAAGAUGAAUAUGUCAUUGCCGCAGUUCCUUAUUUGCUAAUCUCGAAAAUUAAGGGCGAAACGAUGGAUUUGGUUUUGGAUCAGUUGUGGAAAGACGUGAACAAUCCUUAUGUAAAUAAGGAAGUUGCUGCUACCUCCUUAGCUACAAUAGGUUACAGUUUGGGAGAGGAAAAAUUCAAAUCGCUUAUUGGGACGGCCAAACACAGCGAGCUCCAGAGAAUAUGUGAUACUUUCGGAAUCACCAACAAUUGCAUCGAAACCCAUAACGGCAAAGACUUGUGGAACCACAAGGAAGGCGACAGGGUCAUCUUGGAGACCGAAAUAACGUUAAGGACAGGGCCCGCCAUUACUAUGAAAAUACACGAGGAAGGCAGAGCAGGGGACUUUUUUGAAAAUUUCGGAAGGAAUCCUAGUCAGAUGCUGGGAGUCAUCAACUUCCUGGAAGAAGACAGAGACAGCGAUUUCGACGAAACGAUCAAAAGAACUCCGAGAAAAGUGCGUUUUGGCGGAGAAUCAGUGAAAUUGCGGACUCCCGAGAGCGACGGCAGUGCCAACGAGAGAAGCGGCAACGUCGGCGUCAUCAGUAUAACUGUCACUGAUGCCGUUUCGAUAGAGACGAAACGUAGCUUGAUACCGGUGAGGAUAAGUUCACUACCGGCGACACCUAGGAAGGCUAUUCACGGUGAUAUCAAGAAGAGAUUGCACAAAUCUACGCCAGAUCUGGCUGGUAGGAGCAGAUUGUCUAGGAUACCGUUGAAAAAGAAUUCCAAUCUUGCAGAUACAUUGAGACUGACAAUGCCACAGGAUACAAUAGAGCAACAUAUGACCAACGAGAAGUCAAUCAAUCCAGUUCACUCAUCAGCGAAUAAGAAAAACAGCAGUAAUUCCAUCCAAGUGAACAAGAACAAAAGAGAUGUACUUAGCCCCAGUCCAGCACACAAUGAAAUCGAAGUUUUCCACAAUCUAACUAGAAG